AGACAGAAGCCGACCUUAAAUUUCGUGCCAGCCCCAAGAUUGUACUUGAAAAACACAUCUACAGGCCUUUUCCGUAGAAAAGAGACUAAUUCACACUAAAGUACUUCUUUACUAAGGUCUUUGCUGUGGCCCCCGCGUUGUGAAUUCUAGAAAUUAUUCACUAGCAGACAUCAUCAAGAGAAACUCCCAAUAAAUCAUGACCGCGUCUACUUCUGCUUCGGAAAAACCAACAUCACUUCUCGUAGCAUCUUCGGCUACUUCGAAAGCCUCCACGAUGCAGAAGCCCGCGGGCGUCUUCACCGGCGCGGCGAUUUUCGCCGCCAUCCUCGCUUUUCUCUACCAGCAGUAUCUCGAGUGGACUUGCGAAGAUCCAACUUCCUGGCGGGCGCCGCUUGCGUUGACCGGGUUUUACCUGUUUUACGCGAUUGCGGCGCUGCUUGGGAUGCGCUGGACGAGGCAGAGACUCGCGAAGGAAGCAAUUUUUAAGAGCGCGACUGGUACAACAACUUCUACAACAGCAGUAGGACCACGAGAGGACAACGACAACGCGCUGGCCGUGAAAAAAUGUGCACCGGAGAAGGAGGUGGUGAAAACUUCCUCCUGUCGUGUCGCGGAUGAAGAGAUGAACAAGAUAAAAACAACACCAGCAUCAACACCCCCCACGACUUCACUUCUGGACGACGCCGCAUCGAGGCUCGCCGUUGCCGAGGGUGCGAUUUGGGUGGCCAUCCCCAAACCCUUUGUCGAGGGGUUGAUGGCCAGUUACAACGUGUUCCAAAUCUCUUUCAACUCCGGCUGGUGCCUGCUCGUCCUGUUGACCUUGCACCAGAGCAGCCAACCGCUCCUCGGGUCGGUUUUCGACUACGAAGGGUUCUGCAACGGUGGCAGUGGUAGUAGUUCAUCUUCUGGUGGCAGUGGUAAAAACUACACUAGCGGCCUCGGGCUGGAUAUCUUCUUUCGAUCAAUAUCAUCACCCGGGACCACCUCGGACAACAUCAACAACACGCUCGGCUUUCUUCUCUGGGUGCACUACGCGAACAAACCCAUCGAGUUUCUGGACACCUUUUUCAUGGUGCAGCGGGGGAAGGCACCACAGCAACUGACGUUUUUGCACGUCUUAUCCUGGGUAAAAACGUCCCCAGAGUUGUCAUGCAAAAACGCACGCUCAAAAUGUUUCUCAUGCGGAGCCCCUUGACAAGUAUUUUCUAGUCGCUUUUUUGAAUUUGUAAUGCUCCAAUCAGCAUGGUACGCUAGAUUUGUGAUGAUUCUGAACGAGGUAAACAGGAUUACAGUACGAGGCCGAACUUGUCAUGCGCAACACCCUAAGUGUGUAGAUUUGUCUAGCAGAUUUCCCAUCUUGACUAGGUUUGUGUUGCAAAAUCCGCCGCAUUUUUUUAAAAAAUUGCCGGUUGCAGCGGCAUCUAACUCGAAGUUUGACAAAGCACUUUAUAAGAAAAAGCACUUCGUAAAGAAAAGCACUUCGUAAAACAAAACGUAGUCAUGUAAAGCAGCACGGCAGAUACUUCAACAUACUAGCAGUGUGCGGGGGGGGCCAAUGUGGUCCCCCCCACGCGCUGCGCCUAUAAAUAAAACACGCCAGGGAAUUUUCUUUUUUUUCCAGCAGAGGCUGGCUGUGGGACUUGGGGCAAUGCCGGGGAUUAGAAAUGCAAAUAUGAUGGCAGUGCGUUUCUACUCUUAAGUAUCCUGCUUCAAACAUGUUUUAUUUUUUUUUGGCCUUUUGUCACGCUCUUUGUCAUUGUCUUUGGAUUAGUACCGCGUCACACAAUUGCACAAGUAUUUAGAAAACAUCAUGGAAAAUGGCACGCGGAGUCGGAAACAUUGAAAACGACGCCGAGCUCGACGGAGCCGCAUGAAGGGCGGCGGGGGGUUGGAAGAUCUGCGCGCGUUGUCGGGGCCACAGAAAGAGGAAGACCAGGCCGCGGGGCAUACGCACGCGGGGGAGGAGGGGGAAAACGGAGGCGAAACGAGAACAAGGGGCGCAGUACGAAAACGGAUCGAGAACCAACAUGCUGGAGCAGGGGACAAGAGCGGAAAAGUAAGAAAUCGGGAAAAAAAAGCCGUAUACCUGCGCAAUUCCUUACAUGUGAAUAACAUGGUGGGCGGGAGGGGUUCUUCACAUUUUUGGAAACGCCCACCGCCCCGACUAGAAUAACUGAAUGAUGAAAAAAUUGGGGGCAGGACAAAAAAAAAAAAAUUUUCCAUCUUGACUAUGGGGUGGGGACGUUUUUACUCGGGAUACGUCUACCACCACGCGCUCAUGGUGUUCGCGUGGUACAUGGUGGUGCGGUACUACCCGGGCGGGGACAGCUGGUAUCAUGUAUAAUAAUGAGUUAUUUGCUGCGGUACUCACUCACAUUGUGGUUUGUUCUUGAGUCCGAAUGUGACAUCUAUUGGGUCCCGGAAGUGUCAGCGGAACGUCGACCCAGAGCAUUGCUUAAAUGUACAGUAGUCCUGUGUUAUGUUGUCCAGCAGCAAUCAUGCGAUCAGGAAGAAACAAAUGCAAAAAUCAGGUUCGGCGCGUGGGUGAACUCUUUCAUCCAUGUCCUCAUGUACACCUACUACUUCGUGGCCUCCUAUCACACAGAGAAAGCUAGCACUGCGUAUUUGGAAAUGUUAUGCAAAAACAAAUAGACAUGCCCAUGCGCAUCCACAUGUUGCCUGAAGCAUAGUGUAUUUUUCGGGUAUUAGUUUUGUUUUUGCGUCUUUAUCUUUUCCAGAUGCGAUGUGCUUUAGCUUCUUUCCCCGGGAUACCUCUUUCGGCGUGAAAAUCCCUUCCUUCGUGAAGAAAACGAUGACCCGGCUGCAGAUGCUGCAGUUCUGCAUCUGCUUCGGGCACGCGGUACUUGUCAGCUCCCUCGGAAUCGGGUCGACCCCGGACUGGCUUAUGGAUUGUAAAAAUGUCUGGGUCUGGAAGGUUGCAACUUGUCAUGCUAAGUCUGCAUCCUGUAAAAAUCUGUGUUGCAUGCUUACCAAAAGUUGCAGCGCACUUUUCACCAAGCUGAGAGGGAGUUUCUCAUGCGGGACAGGCGUGACAGAGAUCUCACAGAGUCUGUCAUGCUAGUUCCUGCAUUCCAGACCUCGCGAGUCAUGGANAAUGUCUGGGUCUGGAAACUUGUGAUGCUGGGUGGCGUAUCAUGAGGAGGCCACAAGUGCUGGCUCAGCAUGACAAGUUUCUGAGCUUCUGUAUGAUGCCUUUUCUGCAUGACAAACUGCGUUUUUGCAUGACAGAAAAGUGGGGCUCUUGAGUAACGUGCAUGACAGACUUAGGAGUCAUGCCAGACAAGCAUGACAAACUUGCAUUCUUCCAGACCCAGACAUAUUUGCAUUCCAUAUGGCUGUGCGGCUUGCAAAUCUACGUGAUGGUGAACAUGUAUGGAACUGUCAGGAUUGAAAUUAACAAAGUUGAAUUAAUUUGUGAUGCAUAAAAUCUAUACCAGUUGGACCCACAGUUUCCAAUCGACGCAUGACAAAUUUUUCUGGCCUGUGAAGCAAGUGUGUCAUGCUGUUUAGGGCAAGAUGGCUGCUCCCUGUCAUGCUAGUCAGCAGCCCAAUUCAUUCUUGACCCUUAUCAGCACUAGCAUCUGCCUCCCUUGCGCCUUCAGCAAUAAAGUCAGUCUUUGUGUCGCAUUUUAUGCAUGACAAAUCAUUCCAACUUUGUCGAUUUCAACUCUGACACAUCCAUAACAUGCUCUUGCUGUUCGGAAAUUUUUACUUCACGGCGUACAGGCAGAGGAGUACUAAAUCUUGUAUCUUAAGGAAAAACGCCAACACCCCAGAGUUGUCAUCGAACUCUGCAUGCCUCAGGAAUAAAUGCUUCCCAUGUAGCCGUUUUCAAAUGCUGUCUUGGGCUUCAUUGUCAUCCUCGAAUCAGGAUGACCAUGACGCGUUCGAUUUGCCAUGCAGCUAUACCACCAGGCAAAUAGGAUUUCUACACUGCGAGCCCAAACUUGUCACGCGCAACAACCAAGAACCAAAAGUUGUUGGUUUGUGUAGCAAAGUGUAGUUCAUCUUGAUGACUCUGGGGUGGGGACGUUUUUGCAUAGGAUAAGAUCUGGAGGAAACUCUAGCGCUGCCGCAACUUCUGCACCGGAGGGGAAAACGAAGAAGCAGGAGUAG